AUGGUUCGACUAACAACAGAGCUGAUUGCCAGAAGUGUGGCUCAGAGGAACCACAGCCAGGAGAACCUUGGGCAGUGUCUGCGGAAAAUAACUCACCUGAAUUUAUCUGACAAAAACAUAGAUGUGAUUGGUGACUUCUCCCUGUGCAAAAACCUCAGAGUUCUGUAUCUGUACGAUAACCAAAUCAGGCACAUCCAGAACCUGGACUUUGCUUCAAAUGUGACACACCUUUACCUCCAGAACAAUCGCAUUGCAGCUAUGGAAAACCUCUCCUCACUGAAGAACCUUGAAAAACUGUAUCUGGGGGGCAACUGCAUCGCUGUGGUAGAGGGUUUGGAUAAAACUGACAAAAUAAGAGAGUUACACAUUGAAAGCCAACGCCUGCCCCUUGGUGAGAAGCUGGUGUUUGAUCCACGAUCUCUCAGGUCCCUGGCAAAAUCUCUGACCGUGUUGAAUAUCAGCAAUAACAACAUUGAUGAAUUGGAAGAGCUGGCAGUGCUGGAAAAUCUCUCUUAUCUCACAGCAGCUGACAAUCAGCUUCAGUGCAUGAAGGACUUGGAAGUGGCAUUACACAAAUGGACAAAGCUCUGCAAAAUGGAUCUUACAGGGAACCCCAUCUGCCAGGAACCCAAGUACAGGGACAGGAUUGUGGUACAGUCACCAGCUUUAGAAUCCCUCGAUGGGAAAGAAAUAAAAGAAGUGGAAAGACAGUUCCUAAUGAAUUGGAAAGCCUCCAGAGCUGCCAGGAGAAAACCCAAAGAGAGAAUGACAAAUGGAAGUGCAGCCUGUCAGCGUUUCUCUGACUCUGAAACCACUUAUGCUGUUGUUCAAUUUCCCCCUGCAAAAGGAAAAUCAAAUGCUUUAGUUUUGCCUGAGAUGCACAAAGCUAAAAGAAAGACUCUGCCAGGAAUCCUGGAAACAAAUCAGUCAGACAAAAUCUCAGUUAUCGGUACUGAUGAAGUCCUUAAUUUCCUUGGCCCCAGCAGCGAGCCGCCCAGGCGCUGUUUUUCCGCUGGCCCGGGCCGUGAUUUAUCGCAUUCCCGUUAUCGCGCCAUCGCGCCCCGCUCGCAGGCCAUCCCUCACCCCGUUCGGACCCAGAGGUGUCCCCCGGGCCAUGACCCCGCUCCCCGCGCGGCUGCGGACCGAGCCUCGCCCCAGGGAACCCCCGACGGCCCCGGGAACCUCGGCGGAGAGAAAGGGCUCGGUUUAACAACCCGGCGCCCGAGCGAUUGA